UCACUCCCAGUCGCUUCUCGUUUGCUUAGAUUCUGCUUGUCUUUAUUGUUCGAUGAGCGGAACGAACCAUAUAGAGCAGAAGGCGAGUACUUACCCUUUCUGCGAUUUCUUAUGUUUCCAUGUCCGGCUUCAAGUUGAUAACUCGGUUAGAUGAUUAUGGGCAAAAAGAAAAAGAGGAACUUUUUUUUUCUGUAAAGGUGGAGAUGGUGCUUCUGAUCGACUAAUAGAGUGUUUGCACUGAUCUUUUUUUGUCUGCAAGUAAUCUGCAACUUUUGUCUUUUUUGUUAUGUUAGCCAGUCUUGUAGCAUUCUUUAUGCAUGUAUUGAAUCUUUUGAUGCUCGAAGUCCUUUUUUUAUUGCUAUUUUUAUCGUAUUUGGCUGUGUCAAAGUCUACUGCGGGUAUAUUUUUAGCCUUUGGUUUGUUUAUGGCUUUUCCUAAUGUUUUAUCCACCUUACUCAUGCACAAUCUUAUUUCUAAUCUUUUAUUUGUAUUUGCAAAUUUUUAUUAUUCCGUUAACAUAGUCUACUUCUUUUUGUAAGUCAAUUAAUAAUUGUUUAGUUUCUAGCUUAAUAGUUUUAGGAUCAGUGAUGUUUAUUGCUCCUACUGCCUUUUUGAGCUCUUUUUAUUAGGACUUUGCUUUAUUAAUUCAACUGCUUCUUUGAUCUGAUCUCUUAUAUAGUCUAUAUUUCCUAGUAUAGUUCGUGGACUGCUCUGACUUGGUCUUCCAGUCAAUUCUAAGAAUUCUGAUAUUUAUCUAUUCAUUAUCUAUUCAUUUUCUCUUGUUGCUACAACUUUAUGAAGCAGUCUACUAUUAGUUUUUCUACAAAUGAACCUUAACUAAAUUGUAUUUGGGAAUUCUACUGCUUAACUUUUAUCCUUUUUUCUAAAUUGCAUUUGGUUUUUAUUUCUUUUUUAACUUCUAGAUCGAUAUAAGCUAAACGUUCAAUGGUGAAUAAUUUUUUUCUGUUUUUUCUCUGAUAUCAUUCCUGAAUCCUAAAAAAGGACCCUUUAAAAACCUAGACCCUAAACCCCUCUUGGUAUAUUUUUCUAAAUUCUAUAUUCUGAAGUUGAGUUCCUUUCCUCUUUUCAUUCCCUCUCUUUUUGUAUCUUUUUCUUUCCUCCUUUCUCUUCUUCUGCUUGGAUCAUGGCUAAGAUUAGGAGGGUUGGCUAAUCCCAUUUGAUCCUGUUGCUGAUUGGCCAAUUCUUUCCGAUUCUUGACUCUCCAAGAACUAGAAUCGUUAUCUCAGAUAUUUGGCUUGUACACAGAUCAGCCUGUGCAAAUAGAGAUUGUCCAAGUUUUUAGAACUCGGAAAUAACUGGUGACUUCAUAUCCUUCUAUGUAAUGUUUGUUUAUUAUUUUCAUAGAAAAAAUGAUAUAAAUAUGGCAUUUUCAUGCAUAGAGAGGCAUGUACCUGCACUCUUUUUCAUCCUGAUUUAUGUCAUCUAAUGCUGCAAAACAGAAAGAUUUUAGGGCUAAAACGGCCGUUAGCACUUAGCUUAGAAGGUGGGUAGAUCAAAGCAAAAGAAUUCCUUUUGCAUUUGUCACCAAAACAUGGCCUCAUGAGCUCGGAACGCAUAACUAAGCAAAUUUAAGCAAUUAUCAAGCUGUCUUCCCGCAUGAUUAUAGAUGAUGCUGACCUCUUAGCUUGUAUUCAACUUGUAUAAUUUCGAUAAAAGUUUUCCAAGUUAAAUAGGAAGUUCUAUCUUUGCUGAAUAUAUUAUACAAUUCAUGCACUCUGACGAUGCUUUGUCAUUUUAUGAUUACUGCAUGUUUAAUUAAUGUAUGAUUUUUACUUGAUUUGCUUAGGAUCUUAUUUCUUUAAACUUCUGUUGGACUGAAAUAAUUUUAUGGCUUACAAUUAAGUUUGUAUUUGCUAUUGCAAUCUCUUGGAAGAAAUGUAUGAAUAUCACGUGUUUGAAGGUUUGAAUGCACAGUUUAGGUAUUAGAUCUCUGGAUGAAAGGAUGAAUGAGAGUUCAUUUGUGGAUCACAACCAUUAAAAUUUUCAAAUGGAUGAUGUAUGAUGCAUAUACCACAUGAAAACUGAUUAACACCAAGUGAGUUAUAUUGUGGAUUUAUAAAGUGCCCAAAAGAAAUGUUGUAUGUUUGUUUUCUUCUUUUUUUUAUUAGAUUAACUUCUUGUGAUUGCAAAAUAUGCGAAUAUGGCUUGAGUUGUAUACGUACAUGUUUGAGCUUGAAUUUGAACUUUUCCUUGUAUAGAUGUUCAUAAUUCAUUUCCUGUAUUUCAUGAAAAACUGUUUACCUAUUCACCUUUCUACUUGGCCAUGUAGAUUAAAUAGUGAUACAUGGAAGCAAAUAUCUGCUUCCCAAAAGAAAAACCCCAUGAUCUUUAUUUGCUACAGAACUGCUAUAUUUUAAUGUGGUUUCACUGGGCUUGAUCCUCCAUCUCCUCUCUUUUCUCCCCCAUUUCUCCGGUCUCUUCGAUACCAGAUCAUCAGUCAUUGGCUUAUUACAGGAGAAAGUAGUAGCGGAAAUAAAACAUCGUUGAGGAGCAUGCAAACAAAUAUGCAAUUCUAACUUGCAUUUUAGAAAAGAUCCUGUUUUAAGUCCUGCUGUAAAUCCCUUGAAAAAUCACACUCUGUUGGUGAAGUUACUUUGGACAAUACUGCACCUAUAAUGAGCAAUUCUUGGGAAUAAGCAGUUUUGCCAUCUUAUUUUUAUUUAGAAAAUUCAGUUUACCUUGGGUUACUUAUCUUUUGUGCCAGCUAGGAACAUACAUGGAGACCAUAAUGCUGGGCCAUUUGGGAAGAGUUCAUGAAAGGAAAUUAUACAGGCUGAGGUUUGUUUGUUGUCUGUCAAAGAAGAACCACAAGAGCUGCUACUUCAGGGAAGGAAGCUAUGCUACGAACAGGGCACAAGGAAACAGAAAGUCAUGAUAACAAUAACCAGAAGGUUUAUCCUCAACCAAUAGAUGAGACUGUGAAUCAUAACAAGGAAUCCGUGGAUGCACUGAUAUUAAAGAUCUUCAACAACAUUUCCUCUCUGAAAACUGCAUACAUUCAACUUCAGAAUGCUCAUACUCCCUAUGAUCCGGACAAGAUCCAGGCUGCUGAUAAACUUGUAAUCGAGGAACUAAUGAAGCUUUCCGAACUCAAACAUUCCUAUAGGGAUAAAAACCCCAAACUCACAUCAGCAUCACCUAAAGAUUCACGUCUACUUGCUGAAAUCCAAGAGCAACAAAACUUACUCAAAACCUAUGAAGUCAUGGUAAAGAAAUUUCAGUCCCAGAUUCAAACAAGAGACUCUGAGAUUGUUCAAAUGCAGAAACAAAUCCAGGAGUCCGGCCAGAGAAAGAUGAAAUUGGAGAAGAAACUUAAGCAGAGGGGUCUGCUUCCCAAGGAAUCAGAGGCUUUUGAAGAAGAAAACAGUUUCUUCUCCAUAGAGUUGACUCCUAGUCUUUUCUCUUCUGCUGUGGACACAGCAUACAAAUCCAUCCAUGACUUCUCAAAACCACUGAUUAACAUGAUGAAAAUGGCCAGGUGGGAUCUUGAUGCAGCAGCCAAUGCAAUUGAAUCUGCAGUUGUCUAUGCAAAAAGGGCUCAUAAGAAGUAUGCAUUUGAGUCACACAUUUGUCAGAAAAUGUUCAGUGGGUUCCAGGAGGAGAACUUCUCCAUGGAACCAUCCAAUCUUACUGCUUCUCAUGAGGGUUUCUUCCAUCAGUUUCUUGCUAUAAGAGCUAUGGAUCCACUGGAUGUAUUGAGCCAAAAUCCGGACUCGGUUUUUGGGAAGUUCUCACGGAAAAAGUACCUAUUAGUCGUGCACCCAAAGAUGGAAGCCUCGUUCUUCGGUAACCUGGAUCAGAGAAACUAUGUAAUGAGUGGUGGGCACCCAAGGACACCGUUCUACCAGGCUUUUCUAAAGCUGGCUAAAUCAGUAUGGCUAUUACAUAGGCUAGCGUAUUCAUUUUAUCCUAAAGUGGAGGUUUUUCAGGUGAAGAAAGGAAUCGAGUUCUCGGAGGUCUAUAUGGAAAGUGUUGUGAGGAACAUAAUUCUCGAAGAGGGAGAUUCAAAGCCUAAAGUUGGGCUUAUGGUCAUGCCAGGUUUUAUGAUUGGAGGCAGUGUUAUACAAUCUCUAGUGUAUCUUUCGGGUGUGAGAUGUUCUGAAUAAGUACUGAGCUUUGAACUUUUUUAUUGUUCUAAAGCGAAGUAUUGUGCACCUCACCUGUUUAGAUCUCUUGGGGUUUGAUGGAUCUAGGUUUUGCUUCAAACUAUAUGCUCAAGCGUCGAAGAAAUUAAGACUCAUUCUAUGCCUUGUGCUGUUAGGGGAGUCUUGGAAACUUUAUUGUUUGUAUUCAUGGAGUAACUUCCAUUAGUACUGUCUUUCAAGGUUGCAAGUGUAGAGAGAGGAGCUUAAUUGAAGUGUCUUUAAUAUAUAUAUAUAUAUAUAUAUAUUGGGCCUAUGAAUAUUGUUUAGAAGUCUUGUAACUUUUGUCCAUGUUUUGUGUUAAACUCGGAACUCAACUCCAUCCAUAUUCAGACAUCAA